UAUAACACUGUUGUGACGUGGUUGUGACAUGUGACGUUUCAAUGUCAAUGGUUUUUAUCAAAUCAAAUCUAUGGUUUGUAUAAUCUGAUAUAUGGUUCUUUCACAAAAUGUAGAAAAAAAUACUUUGUUAGAAAUCAUGGGUGACGAUAAAGCUUUCGUCUCAUUUACCUGCCAAAGAUGUUCGCAGAGCUUAAGGCUUGACGAAUCCCUAAACUCAUUCAGCGAACACAUUUCAGCGGAGUUAAAUUUGCCCAUAUAUUCUAACACAGAUGUCGAUUUGGAAUCAGAAACCACUAGUUUUGACCAGUAUGUGCCUCCAUGUAGGCUUUCUGAUUCUGGCAAUGGGGCCAAUGGGUUUAUGCUUAUUUCAGAUGAAAAUGAAGUAGAUCUGUUGAGUAGCCAGUACAAGAGGAAUGCAUCAUUAUUUGAUCAUCUUUCUGGCAGCUGUGAUAUAGAUCAUCCUCUUUGCGAUGAAUGCACAGAUUAUCUUAUUGAACUCUUAGAACAGCAAUUAGAGAUCACACAAAAUGAUUAUGAUGAUUAUUGUAAAUAUUAUAAAGUUCUUCAAAUGGAAAGAGAUGAACCAAAAUUAUCUGAACUAGAAAAAAUGUUACAGGACGUCACUGAUGAAGAAAACAAAUUAUUAGAUGAAUUACAAGGUUUACAAAAUGAUGAAGAGGAAACUUUGAAGGCUAUUGAAGAACAAGAAGAUAUUUCAAGAAAAAUAUCUCAAGAGGAAGAUAGGUAUUGGAAAGAGUAUGUCAGACAUAAAAGGGAGUGGCUUAUGGCUGAAGAUGAUGGUAGAAGUCUGGAGUGUCAAUUAAACUCUGCAAACACACAAUUGGACAAAUUAAAAAGAACGAAUGUGUUUAAUGCAACUUUUCACAUUUGGCACAAAGGACAUUUUGGCACCAUCAAUAAUUUUUGUCUUGGCACAUUACCAUCUGCCCCAGUAGGCUGGGCUGAAAUAAACACUGCUUUCGGACAAACCACUCUUUUAUUCUGUGCACUGGCCAGAAAAAUCAAUCUAACUUUCAUAAAAUUUCGACCUGUCCCAUAUGGCAGUCACUCAUAUGUUGAGGUUAUAGGAGAAAAUAAGAGAAUUCCUCUCUAUGGUUCAGGAGGGCCCAAAUAUCUUUGGGACACUAAAUUUGAUGCAGGCAUGAUGGCCUUCUUGGAUUGUGUACAACAGUUUACUGAAAAAAUUGAAGAAUUGGAAAGAAAUAAUAAAGUUUUCAGAUUUCCUUAUCGUAUAAGUAAUGGAAAGAUUGAAGACUCAGAUAAUGUAAAGUACUCACUUAGAGCUACUAUUAUAUCUGAAGAGCAGUGGACCAAGGCCUUGAAAUACAUGUUGACAAAUUUAAAAUGGGGCCUGGCUUGGGUCGCCUCACAGUUCGAUAGUAACGGAGAAGAAAUACCUCAAAACGUAGCGUAAUUAUUUAAAAACUAGAAAUUCUGUUGUUAGGUUUUCGUAAAGCGUAAUUUGUGUGCUGUUACCUUUAGUAAAUUAAUGUUAUAGAGUUCUUUUAGUUAUAAAAUUGUAAUUAAUAAUUUAUGAGCGAUAUUUUUUUAUUAAUGAAACAACUAAAUCAGACUGAUUAAUUGUACCUCUUAUAGAAUAAUUCAAAUAAAAAUCGUAUAUUAAA